UCCAUGGCUGGUUUGGAUUUAGGCUACGUUCACCAGCUCAACAGGCAAGAUCACUUGCACCAGCAGCUCCAGAGAACCCAGCAGCAACAUCAGCAACAAUCGCAUCAUGAUACCGAAGAAGACGUCAACCAAGGCCAGUACUCCGGCGAAGACCAGGGCCUCGACCUCAGCGGCGGCAUCAACGCCGGCCCCGGAGACAUCGUGGGACGCAGGCCCCGCGGCCGCCCUCCCGGAUCCAAAAACAAGCCCAAGCCGCCGGUCAUCAUAACAAGAGAAAGUGCAAACACUCUCCGAGCUCAUAUUCUCGAGGUCGGCAACGGCUGUGACGUCUUCGACUGCGUUGCCACGUACGCGCGGCGACGCCAGCGCGGGAUCUGUAUUCUCAGCGGCAGCGGCACCGUCACCAAUGUCAGCUUGCGGCAGCCAGCAGCGGCAGGAGCUGUGGUUACCCUGCACGGAAGGUUUGAGAUACUUUCCCUUUCUGGAUCCUUUCUGCCUCCACCUGCCCCGCCCGGAGCGACAAGUUUGACUAUAUUCUUGGCCGGCGGGCAGGGCCAGGUGGUCGGAGGCAGCGUCGUGGGGGAGUUGACCGCAGCCGGACCAGUCAUAGUGAUUGCCUCGUCUUUUACUAAUGUUGCUUACGAGAGGUUACCCUUGGAGGAAGAGGAGCAGCUGCAGAUUCAGCCCCAGGCGGGAUCUCAAGGUUCAGGAGGAAGCGGGGGAGGUGGCGGUGGUGUGGGAAACAACAACCCUUUUCCUGACCCAUCUUCGGGGCUUCCGUUCUUCAAUCUGCCGCUGAAUAUGCAAAAUGUUCAGUUACCAAUUGACGGGUGGGCCGGCAACAACAACAACUCUCCAGGAAGUCGUCCGCCAUUUUAGAUCAUCAUAUUGUCUUUAUUGUGGUUGAUUUAAUCGCAUUCACGGAUGAGAUGAGAUUUGUUGGAGACUAAACAAGGUCAGCAAACUUCAUGGACUACUACUACUCCUCCUAGGUACCAUCAUCGAUCUUGUUCUACAUCUUCAUCCAAAAUGGCCAUGUUUUAGAUCUUCUGCUAUCUAGCUAGUAAGUACUGUGUCACAAUGUUGUAGUGAUUUUGUUCUCCUAUUUUUCUUCGUUUGUUGUUUUCUUGUUGUUGAUGAUGGUGGAAACAGUGGAAGUACUCCUACUCUUCUUACUUUUUCUU